AUGAGCUCCCAUGCGCCGCAUGCAAUAGAGAUAGACGUGGACGAGAUAGAUGUGGACGACUUGGCAUUGGUGGCCUCUUGCAGUUCGUCUGUCGCGUCGGAGGUCCCUGUAGCCACUAGCGGUACUAGCAGGAAUGCUUUCAAGAAGACGGUUGCUCCAGUCACCACCACUACUAGUACUAGUACUAGUACUAGUAGUAGUGCUAGUACAAGACACACUAGUGUUGGAUUCCGUAACAGCAACAGCAGCAACAGACAACCACAAGACAGCAGACAACCCACCAAGGCAACCAUGGCGUUGCUCUCUCCUCCACGAUCCGUCAACCAAGGACUUAAUAGGCAGUCACUAUCCGGUACUCAAAGCAAUAAUGACCCAAACCUGCAAGAUCCAGAAGCACCCAUGGCAACCAGCAGCCCACUGCAUAUGGCAGAGGGUUUCACUGCAUAUGAUGCAUAUGAGGUAUCUUCACAGGAACCCACACACUAUCAUCUAGAUGCACAAUCCAAUCAAGAAGAUCAGGCGCACCUCCCCUUACCUACAGCCACUGCAGCUACAGGUAGCUCAGCCAUACCCAGUUCCUCCACCUUGAACAAUCCCACGUCUUCUGCGGGAAACCCUCAAGUUAUGAUGAAUGCAGCUGUCACGGUUGUAAUGGAUUCCACCAAUACUACCAAUAGUGCCAACAACCAUGACAAUGCAAACAACAAAGUGGUUCAAGCACAACAAGCUGGCUUAGCUGACUACCUGGAAAACAGAAACUUGCAAGCAUCCCUGGGAGGCAUUCUAGGUCUGGUCGUAUGCGGAGCUGCCGUCAUUGUUGCACUUGUGGUGGUAUUCUCCAUGUCUAGUUCCAAUAGUGAUCCAGUCACCAUGGCUCCUACCACAUCACUCACUCCCACCACUACCACCGUACCCUCAUUCAUGACCCUGCUUCCUACCCUUGCACCUACACAUCUAGACGUCUCGUCACUGCCGCCACAACAGCCAUUCAGUACUACUAGUGUACCAUCGUCAUCACAAAGCAUCGUGCCGGCACCGACACCCAUUCCUCUACUCGCCGAUCUACCCGACUUUACCGUCGCCACCAUUCAACGAGAACCAAACUCACCACAAGCACUCGCUUUCAAGUGGCUGCAAGAACAUCCUGACAUUGCGUCCAUGCCAGUCUGGGAACGACAGCAGUAUAUCGCCAUUGGGUCCAUCUUUUAUGCCACCAAUGGAACCGCAUCCUGGUCUGAUGAGUCCACGUACAAGCGCAACGUUCUCAAGUACGACAAACCAGUCUGCACGUGGCUUCCCACGGAGCGAAUGCCCUCCAAUGGACAAAUAUAUCCGUGUAAUGGAGAGGGAAAAUUGACACAUUUGAGACUCGAAAAUAUUCAAGGCGAUCGCAUCGGGACACCCCAAGAUGGAACCGGAAGUCAUUUGCAUGGGACCAUGCCACCAGAAAUAUCGCUUCUGACGGAUGUUCAAACGAUUCAAAUUUACAACUGUCGAUUGGACAAGUUCACUCUACAAGCAUUUUGGCCCACGGAACUGUCUCUGUUGCCCAAACUCGAACGACUCGUCUUUUUCCAAUCUCAAUUGAAUGGACCCAUUCCGGCACACGCAUCGUCACCAUUGACGGCACUCACUCAUUUGAAUCUCGAUUGGAAUAACUUGAUGGGUUCCAUUCCCAGCGAAAUUGGGUUCAUGACAUCGCUCCGAUUCUUGAGUCUCGCCUAUAACAAUGUGGCAGGUCAUGUGCCGUCCGAAAUUGGCAAUCUCUCCCACUUGACGACCUUGCGAUUGGAUCACAAUGAAUUGUCCGGGACACUGCCCGCCACGGAACUGCUGCAGCUCACGAAUUUGCGCGAAUUUACCAUUGAACGAAAUGAAUUGCGCGGACGGAAUCUACCCAAUGAGUUCUGCGAGCUACUGCCAUCCCUCGAGACCUUUCGACUGGAUUGUCGAGAAGUGGCGUGUCCCGCGAGCUGUCCCUGUAGUUGUGCGUGA